AUGGUGCAGUUCUCCGACGCCAGACGUAUCCAGAAGCUCACCUCCACCUUCACCUCCGAGUGGCCCCUUACCACCAUCACCGAUGACAGCAGCGCUGAGGGCAACGAUGGUGCCUCCUGGAACUACGGCGACAACUUCGGCGGAGGAGCCUCUGACUAUGCUACCAAGCACGACAUCUUUGGCAGCUUUGGUGUGACCGACAGCGUCUACGCCAACGGUGACAUCGUCCUCUGCACUGACUCUGCCACCUCCUGCUCUGGAUAA